GAUGAUAAGAUUUAUUUCUUUUUCACGGAGACAGGAAAAGAGCUUAAUUUUUUUGAAAACCCCCUUGUUUCCCGGAUUGCCCGAGUGUGCAAGGGUGAUCUGGGAGGAGAACGUGUAUUGCAGAGGAAGUGGACCACGUUCCUGAAGGCCCAGCUCCUGUGCACUCGUCCUGGAGAUAACUUCCCAUUCAAUGUGCUACAGGAUAUGUUUGUGCUCACUCCAGGGGAGGACCAUUGGGCCAGUACCAUCUUCUAUGGAGUCUUUACCUCUCAGUGGAAUAAUGGAGGUGUGGGCAGCUCGGCUGUGUGUGCCUUCUCUAUGCACGAUGUACAGAAGGCUUUCAAUGGCCUCUAUAAAGAAGUGAACCGGGAGUCUCAGCAAUGGAGUACCUACACCCACUCUGUUCCCGAGCCACGACCUGGAGCUUGCAUUACCAACAAGGCAAGAAAUAUGAAGAUCAACUCUUCACUUCAAAUGCCGGACAGAGUGUUAAACUUCAUCAAAGAUCAUUUUCUGAUGGACAGUGCGGUACGGAGCCAACCGUUGCUCCUGCAGACACAAAUGCGCUACCAGCAGAUCAGUGUACAAAGGGUCAAGGGCCUCAAGAAAACCUAUGAUGUCAUGUUCUUGGGAACAGAUGACGGAAGACUGCACAAAGCUGUCAGUGUAAAUAAGAAAGUCUACAUCAUUGAGGAGAUUCGGCUGUUCCCAGAUACUGACUCAGUGCAGGAGUUGCUGCUUGAUCACAGUAAGGGCUUGGUGUACGCCUCAUCGCGAUCCAUGGUGGUGCAAGUGCCAGUCUCUAACUGCAGCAUGUACGCAACCUGUGGAGAAUGUGUCCUGUCACGUGAUCCCUACUGUGCAUGGAGCAAGAAGGGCUGUCGUAGUAUCCAUCACCAUGUACACGAAUCAAACUCCCAGCACUGGCUCCAGGACAUAGAAAAUGCAGAUUCAAAUCUCUGCGAGCAAAAGAAUGGCACGGGACCUGGAGGACGAGUCAACAUAGUAGAUGAACAGCCACAGUGUAAAAAGAUUGUACUGCAACCAAAUAACGCAACCACUCUGCCGUGUAAUUUGUUGUCCAACUUAGCAACUCGCCAGUGGCUCCACAAUGGCAAAGUCAUUGAUUCCUCCUAUUUUGUUCUGGAAUCCGGAGAUCUGAUCCUUGUCAACAGCCCUGAAAGGUUGGGAACGUACGAAUGUUGGUCAGUAGAAUACGAUUUCAGGAAAUUAAUGGCCAUGUACUGUAUGGAGACAGAUGGUCCCGUAAAGCCAACUACUCCAAGACCUCACACUGAAGUGAGCUUUAAGAAAGUUAGUGCCAUCGAUAAGCUGGUCAACUCCUCCAAAUUUGUGUCUGUCUCAGAGAGCCAUACAGCUAAACUUCUGUCAAAAUCAUACUGGAAUGAAUUUUUAAUCAUGACUGUCCUUUUUGUGGUAGUGUUAGUCAUUUUAACACUGUUCAUCUUAUAUAAGCAUCGGAGUGGAAUGAAGUCCAUCCUGAAGCCAGUAAAACAUGAUAAGCCAGCCAAGAAGAUCCGUAGUAAUGGCAAACAGACAGAAAGUUUGCCAUUAAAUGGAACAAGCGCUCCAAUGCCACAAGCGGACCAUAAAGGCUAUCAGACCCUGAACGACAACUACAUUAUCAAUACUCCUGUUCAUGAUCCUUUGGUUGCUAGUAAAAUUGUUUCAGAAUCUGAAAAAAGGCCGCUAAAUGUUAAGGACACUGUUGUAGAGGUCACAUCAGUAAGCCCAAGACCCAGAGUACGACUGGGAUCCGAAAUACGGGAUUCUGUGGUAUGA